UUUUUAGUUUUCGUCUUUGGAAUUUUGCCCCGCCGCAUAGGUCACGGUUGGAAAUAGGAGACAUCAGAAGCAGAGGGAGACCAAUGGCAAACCCUAGAAGGAACUCAUACUCAAACAGCUCAGAGAACCAAUUUCAGGUCCAAAACCUCUCACGAUUGUCAUCUAUAAAACAUUUCUUGAAGAAGCCACAUGCCUUCCCUUUCUUGCUUUUAAUCUUUCUCUUGCUGACAUGGGUUUCCCUCAGACUUCAACAUACUUCCCAUUUCUCUUCUGCUAAUCUUCAAGGAACCCAAGAGAGGAAAUGGAGCAAAGAUGAUGAUAAGAAGGCCAAUUUGAUCAGAUUCAAAUCUGGGUUGUUCCCUUCUCCCAUCAUCAAAGAAAAGCGUGGUUGGAUUUUCGAUCCUGUCUCUCUUGCUCUGGACUCUAGCAUUAGAGGUGGAGCAUUAUCUUGUGCCUCAUUACAUGUUGGUGAAAUCCGACCUGGCACUUUGAGGGGAAAUCACAGACACUACACUUGCAAUGAGACAUUUGUCAUUUGGGGUGCCAAAACACUGUUUAGGUUGGAAAACAACCAGAUUGUUGAUAAAGGUUAUGCUGAAGUAAUUGUUGAUGCAGAUGAAAUCGCUAUUGCGGCUAGUCCAAGCAGAACUGCCCACCUUUUGGCAAAUGUAGAUCCCAUACUUAGUACAUAUUUUAUUGGGUGCCAAGACAGUGUUAUAAACUAUAACAGCUCAGCUACCGAUUUCAAUGUCUGGAAAGAUGUCUAGAUUUACUCGUGUCAUCUUUAUUUGCCUCUGCUGCUAUUUAGCAUGAUGAAAUACUACUGUGCUCGUACUUUGUUCAGCAUUAUAGUGCAAUUUUUGUGGAAUGAAGAUUGUUACAUGAGAUGAUAGUUCAUAGAACAGGCGUAUAGAAGGUGUUAUUUUGUUCCCUGGCUUUUAGAUUUCA